GCGGACAUGACCUCAGAUUAAGACCAUGGAGCUUACAAACAACACCGCUCUCUACGAUGAAACUGACGAAGUGAAAUGGGCAUUUCGUGCUAUCCAGUGGAACUGGCAGACGAUUAUCCGAACAAUCCUGGCCAUCCUGGGAAUACUCGGAAACACACUUGUUAUUUUCGUGUACAUGAACCGGAAGAGAAUGAAAAGCUGUACCAAUACCUUUAUUGUGGGUCUAGCCGUUGCUGACCUCAUCACGUCCUUUCAUCAGUUCCCGAGACCGACGGAGAUAUCUGUGCCACCUGGAUUUCUUGGUGAACUCUAUUGUCGAACGUUCUUUGCCGGAUCCAAUAUCACCAUGUGGAUAUCAAUCAUAGCUUCUGUAUUCACGCUCACCAUGAUUGCCUUUGAACGGUACGUGGCAGUCGUGUAUGCGGUCAACUACCGGUCCAUCUUUUCGAAGAAACGUCCUCGAUACGUGCUCCUAAGUUGCUGGGUCGCUUCGAUAACAUUAAACACUCAAAGUUUCUACAUCUGUUUUCUAGACAACGAAAAACACACCUGCUAUGUGAAAUACCCAAGUGUACAUUUUCAGAGGUUUAUUGGCGUGAGCUUCUUCCUGAUCGAAUAUUUCCUGCCUAUGGUGAUUAUGCUGUUCACGCAAACGCGCACGGUCAUGACAUUACGCGCGCAAGCUCGUGCGCUGUCGUCUAAUCGGAAAGAAAGUAACGGUCCCGCGCUAUCGCUGCUUCAAGCAAGGCGUCGCGUCAUUGAGAUGCUCUUCAUGGUUGUUAUCACUUUUAUCAUCUGCUGGACACCCGAUCAAAUCGCCUACUUCUGCUAUCAGAUGGGUAUAUUUGAUGCUUCUUUCCUCUCAGGCUCUCUAUACACUGGCUUUGUGGUGUUGGCCUUUGCGAAUUGCUGUAUGAAUCCGUUCAUCUACGCCUCAAGGAACGCGAACUUUAGACGCGCUUUACGCGAGUUGUUUUCAAAGGGAAAGAAGAACAAGAUCCACAGUGUUAAUACUAUUGCAGGACAGGAGGAGACUAUGGCUGAUACCCUAGCUAAACAAGGAGAUCAGAUGGGAUAAACAAUUUCAAAGAACUACGGUGCCUGAAUUCAUACUGGAUUCCAUUAUUUUGUAUAAAAAUCGUUAAAGUAGAUUUUCAUUGAUUUAAAAAACU